AGAUAAAGCUAGAAGGAUAUCUGAAGCUCAACCAAUUGUCGAACGGUUAUUAUGGUUUAGAUAUGCACUUGAUGAUGCACUUCCGUGUGCAACAAAUGCUAAAGUUUAUGACUUAAUAGAAAUACAAUGGGAUGGUGAUACUAAUUCAAUGUUAAGAAUUAAAACUAUAAGAAAAGAAGAUCCAAACAAUAUAAAUAAUUUAAAAACAACAGCCCAAAAUCUUGCCAAAAAACAAAAAUCAUCAAUAUAUAUUAUUAGUAAUUCAGCAAUGGCAAUUGAUCAAACGAAUAUGAAGAAUGAAGAAUAUGAAGGAGAAAAAGAGGAGUUAGAAAAUGAAAAGAAAAAGCUGGAAGAGAGGAGAGAUAAAUGGAAAGUGUUGUAUCAAGAAGUGUUACGUGAAGAGAAAG